GUUAGAGAGUGAGCGAGAGAGAGAGAUAGUUGCUAUAACAACAGGCUGCUUGGUAUUUUGUUUACCUUAGCAACCGCAGAGUAACUGGAGAGUGAGGCUGAUUAGCUUGCUAGUGUCAGUUCUCUAAUAAGCGAAGUAAAUGCAAAUCACUGAAGUACUCUUUUAUGAAUGAAAAUGUGUUAAUAAAUAGCGUUGCGAUGGACUUUGAGUCUUUGCAUUACUCGUUGGAUUUAGCCGCCGGUAAUGGUUUGACUCUGAGCAGUGAGCUGACAGCCGCUCUUCAAACCUCGCUGGUCAUUCUCAAGAGAAACUAUAAAUUCAGCCGGGUUUUGUUUUGGGGAAAGAUUUUGGGGCUAAAAUGUGACUAUUUUAUUGCUCAAGGAGUUGAAGAGGAUGAAAUGAAGAACAGAAAGUCUUUGUACAGUUUAAACUGCAUGGAUUGGCACCUGCUCCCCCUAGCCACUGAGUCCAUGAUUGCAGAUGUGGCAUUAGCAGCACAGGGGCGAUUCACAGGUGACCCGUCCCAUGAGUACGAGCACACAGAGAUGCGCAUUAAGGGAGAGGGGGAUGAUGCCACGGAGGAAGAGGUCACGGUGAAAGUGAAUGAGGCAAGUAGAUUGGCAACGACCGUUUCAAACAUCGAUAAAGAUGUGUCUGUAAUGCCACGUGGUGCAUUUACCAAGAGCCCCUGCGGCAAAGUGCAGACAAACCGAAGCUUUGGAGGUCUAGAUCCCGUUGAGGCUGUGAAACCGCACAACUAUCUGCACUUCCGUGAACCGGUUAACCUGAAAAAGAAGUCCAUCUUGGAAAUGUCUCACCUGAACCCUGUUAUUGACUUUCUAGAUCCUUUGAGCGAGGAUGUUCCCAAAGGGUCAUGGUGCCUCCAGCUUGAGCGGGGCAGCACUGUGUGUGUAUUACGCAGUUUGCUCUGGCUGGGUCUCACCUUCUUCCACGUUCCCCAGACCCCUCAGCAUGGCCACAUCUACAUGGGAGACGGACUUAUGAACCUUGACCUGCCCUUCAUGUUAUAGCAGCCAAAAGUACUUUUGAAGACGGAACAUUUUGCUACAUUUUGAAGACAGCAAAAGGCUUUAAUCUCACUCGAAGUCUUAAUGUGUUAUCAACUCUGUGAUUUACUUGCACUUUAAUUUGCUUUCUGUUAUUUAAUUUCAGGAAAACAUUAACAUGUCAGCUUGUUUGGAAAGUUGAAGUUGCAUUGGUGUUUCAACCUUUAAGGCAGUCACAAAAGUGUACCUUGGUUUUUCUCUGGCGCAAACAUAGAAACGUCUGCAAGUGAGGUAAACAUUUUGUUUGAAAAUCUGCCUUUGCAAUAAUAUAAUUAAUAAUUUCUUC